UGAAGCUAGCCAUUAAUGUCAAAGAAAGUGAAUCGACUUUUCUUGUUCCUGUCACUUUUUCUCGACUUCUCAAAUCCGCCAAUAAACAAAUAAACACGCGCGCCUGGUUAAAAAAGAAGUUUCUGCUUUCUUCGCUCGACGUAUCGUUACAUUAAUCUUAUCGUCGAUACAGCCGAUCCAUAGAGCUCUUGUUUAAUCAUCGUCCCCGCAAACAUCGUCGCAGCUCCGAUAAUUAGAAAAAAUAAAGCGCCGAAAAAGAAAAAAAAAAAACAAAAACAAAUAUGUGUCCGUACGUCCGUGAUUCAUAAACGAGAAGAGAUCCCCCGUCGCCGUUACCAUGAGCGAAUAUAAUGAUAAGAGACGUGCUCGCGCAUGACAGCGACAACUGUCAGCAGGAUCAGCAGCGACGGUUAUAUUGUUGGGCGGACGAGAUUUUGAGCGCCGCUCGGAUAAACAUUGCCUUUAUCGCAGACACGAUUUGGUCGAGAAAAUCGGCGGCAGACGACGACGACGACGACGGCGGCGGCGGCGACGACGACCGGGAGUCCGAUGACCGCGUCGUCGGCGGCGUCGGCGAAGACACGUAUCGCAGGCUUAAUCGUAGUUUAUGGAUAAGGACGUGCAAGAUAGACGCUUGUUACGAAAAAAUUACCACCUUAUCGAGUCGUCGUGGAGGGUCCACAAUUCAGACGAGGAAGAGGAGGCGAGUGCGAGAUGUUAUACCGGAGUCCAGAUUGGCGAUCUACGGCGAUUACGAGUACACAGGUGGGCUCAGCGGCAGCGGCGAAGAGGCGGAGGAGGAGGAGGCUGCGGAAGGCGAGCAGCGAAACAGCAGCAACGACCAGGAGGAGUCGGUGGUGGAGCUGCAGGUGCCACGAUUCACUGGGCGAAUGGAUCACUCUGAGAACGGGCCGAUUCCACCAAUCGAGUCGGUUACCAACGGCAAUGAUGAUCGAGUCGUCGUCGUCGUUGGUAGCGGCUACAAGGAGGAAAUCGAUAAGAAUGACGACGACGGCGACGUCGCGAAAGAGUCUUGGCAGCUCGACGAGAUCGACGACUACAUCGCCAAGAUCAAUCGAAUGAGCAGCAGCGGCAGCGAUCGACGAAGGAGGCAACGACUGGAGACACCAAUGAAAUGUGACAAGUCGGACAAGGAUUCACGAAACAGCACCACGAGCGAACAGACUACUGCGACGACAAGUGCUCGAAAAGAAAUGAAGCAGCAAGCUGCAUUCUCGGAUCUAGAGUGCGAUCUGCCCCCGGCGCUGCGCUUCAGCGUGAACAACGUGUCCGAGGCCCAGCUCGAGGGCCGAAUUUUCAACGAAGCCGUGAGAAAUCUAUGGAAAACGAGCAGCCACGAUCAUCGCUCGGCCGCGUCGGCCAAUUUUUACCCCUAUCAAGACUACAACAACCAGCUGCAUCAACAGCAGCAGCAGCACCACCACCAUCACCAGCAUCAUCACCAUCAUCAUCUACAGCAACAGCAACAACAACAACAGUAUCUGACAGCGCGAAAUCUACGUCAGAGCCAGAUGGAACUACAACGCGAGCUAUCUCUUCUAAAACCCAUCGCGACGACUACCUCGAGUUGCAAUCAAUUAUCGAUCAGUAGCAGUAGCAGUAGCGGCAACAACAACAGCAACUGCAGUACCAGGACGACGACCAUCGGCGCCGCUGCCGUCACUGACGGCUGCAAUAAUAAUGGCAACGCCGUGGUCGCCACCCCCGUGGACAUACAGCACACCCAUUGCAGCUUCCAGAGCGAGAGGCUGCGAAUGUCAAAUCGUUGCCCCUACUCGUACGUGGUCGAUAGUCGGCCGGGUGGUAAUGGGUCGUCGCUGGGUUGCUCGCUGGGCGUGGACGUGCCAGAAUUCUUCCCACAGCAGCAGAGCUCAACGACAAGCAACUGGAUGGAUGCGGAGCAGCAGAGCGUCAAGGAUCAACAACAACAACAGCAACUGCAACAACUGCAACAACAAGCGCAAUUACAAUAUUAUCCGCAGCCGCAGAUGGAUAGCGUCUACUCGGACGAGCUUAUACAUUAUAAGGCUGCGCAGCAGGUGGCGAGAAAGACUACGACAGUGGCGAUGUACCAAAACACGCUCGUACCGAUGGUCGCGACGCCGAUCGUCAACGCCGUCGUCUGGCCGACGGUGCCUGCCUCGCCCUGGGUCCGGGCGAGUCUGCUGCCCGCCGCCUCGAUACAGCUGCACCAUCAGAUUCCGCAAAACGUCGCGGCUACUGGCGCGGGUCCUUCGGCCGCGGCGCAGAUUCAACUGCAGCAGCAGCAACAGCAACAGCAGCAGGCGACGAGGCCACCCACCUUGGCGCAGGUCGUCCAUCGGCCCAUCAGGACACCCGAUCUGGCUCAGGUGGUGCAGGCAGCCAGCGGCCAACAACAGCCGCUUCAACGAUCGACGCAAGCUCAAAAAGCUGCCAGCGGCGGCGCAGGAGGAGGCGUCACGCAGAUCCCGGUCUAUCAGAGGGCCAACAAGCCCAGCGCCUCGGAGUAUCAGCGGCGAAAGAAUCAGGGCGUCGAUUACAACAAUCUCAUACUGCUGACCAAGAGCGCGAUGAAGGUGAGGCGCAGUCAGACCAAGGCCACGAAGAAGUCGUUCGUUGAUACGGCCAAGCUGCAGCAGCAUCAAACGGUGACCCCGAAAACGAGCUACAGCGGUGCCGCGGCUGCGGGAGUCGCGAGUACGAGCAAGUGGCUCGAGAAAGGACAGCAGCAGCUGAAACGAGAACGAGAGUACGUUACGAUAAGCAUGGGCUCCUCGGCUGCUGCUGCCGCUGUUACCUCGUCGAACAUCGAAAAAACGCCCGCCCUGAGCACUUGCAGCAUCAGUACCGAGGAGGACGACGAGAUCGCCGCGACGGCCUCGAGCUUUUAUCAUCACAAAAAGUCGAAUUUAAAGCAGCAGCAGCAACCUCAGCAGCAGAGGCAACCACCCAUAACGACGAAAAAACGGCUCUAUCGGGACGUCUUGGAGAAUUUGCCGCGGCAGGUCAUCCCGGUGUCCGAGACCAUGUCCGACGGCAGUUUCGAGAGGCGAUACGACGAGCUCGAGAAGCAGGCCAUGGAGCAGUAUCGAACGUCCGAGGAGUGUCUCGCUCUUCGAUACCAGGAGCUCGAGCAGCAAGCUCUGGAGCAGUACAAGGCGAUCGAGGGCAGCGAGAGCAUGAUCAAUCUCGAGCACGAUCGGCGCAGUCAGGCCUCGACGAGAUCGUCGUCCCAACGAGGCGGAGCCUGCAGCGAUCAGGACGACAAGCUGAGCUUGUGCAGCAACAACUCGUCCGUGUCGUCGUCGACGACCGAUGGCCAAGCUACUGGAGGCGAUCAUCAUCGGCAUCAGCAGCAGCAGCAGCAGUACUCGAGCUACGCGAGGGCGACGACCUCCUCGUCAUCCUCCUUCAGUAACAAUAGUAACAAUUACGCGAAGCGCAGCGGCAGCAGUAGCGGCGACGCCAGAGGUAAAUAUUUUUGGCAUAUCGUAUCGUUGGUAUUAUACAUCGUCGCCGAUCAUUGUCGUCGAGACGCGCCAAUCGAAAUUCGUUGGCUCGCGCGCGAGGGGAACAAUCAUCAUUUCAAACAUUCGCUGUGCGUCGUGUCCUUUUUCUGUGUGCGCUGGUCGUAAGGUAACGAGCUCCCAACGAGGCAGCAGCGUAUCAAGAUUUUGAAGCUGCCGACGACGAGCUCCGCCGUCGCUGCCACCGACACCGAGGAGAAGAAGGACGAGGACGAGAUGACACGGUGGGUCGAUAAUGAUAAAACCACAGCAGCAGCAGCAGCAGCAGCAGCCUUGGCUGCAGUGCAUCGAGCUGCCAGCGAGGGUAGCUUGCAGAGGCCGAUCAGCAGCACAGCUGCAGCCGUUGCCAAGAGAUUCUCGGCGUGCCAAGGCGUUGCUCGCAGCAUCGCUUCUUGCCGUAGCGCAGGUCAUAACGGAGAUUCGACGACGACGACGAGCAGCGGCAGCCGUUACGCUGGUCGUGGACCCGCGCAUCAUCAUCAUCAUCAUCAGUACAGGCUCGCUAAUGCUCGAGAUAAGAUUGUAAAAACGUCGUCGUUGAUGUCGCUGCGCUGCAAUCUAACGCCAAUCGUGCCCGUUCAGCAGAAUAACAAUGGUCCCGAACAAUCGCCGAGGAAGAACGACCUGCAAAAAAUCCAACAGCAGCUCCAGGACGAUGACGACGACGACGAGGCGAGCCAGAAAAAGCUCGACCAACGCGUCGGCUUGUUGUACAGCCAGCAGCAGCAGACCAAUAGAAAAUCCAAUCAACAGGGCAGCGGCGACGAUAAAAUCGACGAUAUAACGGGUCACGUGACAUUACUGUCAUUGUGAGAAUCAAUUAGUACCGACCGAUUUGUGGAUGAAGUAAUUAGUAUUUGAUGCUUAUUGUGAUAUUUUUGUACGAUGCCCCGCGUAUAUAAGUGUGUGGAUGCCUGUGGCGAGUCUUAUCGCUAUUAACAUUUAAGCAAUUGGUUCUUUGUCGAUAAUUUAUUUAUUUAUUUUUUUAUUAGAAGAAGGAGAAGACACAAUUUUCCAACUGUUGUUAAAGCAACGUUGAGCUGUAAAGUUCGUAAAUUUAUGUUAUGCCGUUAUCGCGAAUUCGCCCGAUAAGAUAAAUGUUUUUCCUUACACUCCUUUUAUCAACAGUUUGAAUUGAAAACUUUUUUCUUGUACUGACCACUAAUAAUGAUAAUAUACUUUGUCACGAAUGUUAAAGAAAAAUAAUUACAAGCGAUGUAUAUCUUUGAAACAUUAUUGCUCUCUAAUUUAAGUGAAGAAAAAAAAAUAAACACAGUCGCAGGUUUUUAGACCGUAUCUUGAAAAAAAAGGCAUAACGCGAAUGAAUCAAUUCGUGAAUUGAUUAUUGUAAAACAUUGAAAUAUUUCAAGUUCUGAAUGUAAAGCAAAAAAAUGUAAAAGUGCUGUAUCAUCAGUCAAGUCGCUUUUUCUUUAAUUUUUUAAACCCGUGUAAGAUUUAUUGAUUCAGAGUUCAAAAACUUACAGUUCGAAAGGAUAAAAUCGCCAAGUUUUGUUUUGUUUUAAAAACUUGUUAAUCAUUGUUAUGACUUUGUACCAAAUGUGUAUGUCGUACGAUGCCAUGAUGAAAUUCAGCGGUCAGCGCUGGAGAAAAAAAAAUGGAUUAUGGAAAUAUCCUCGUGUACCAAAAGCGUGCGUGCGUGUGUAUGUCGUGUGGCCGUGAUGAAAUGCGCAAAGGUCAGCGCAGGUAAACGUAGAUUUUGGAGAUAAAAAAUUGUUGUCUGAACGACACGCGUAUGUGGACUUGAAAUAAAAGUUA